AUGUUUGUGACAAGACUCAACCAGGGCCCCAGGCUACCGCUGUUCUCGGAGCUCAUGUCGUCGAUCGGGCCUGAUUUGGAGCCCCAUCUCCACUAUCACCAGAGUCUUCUGCACCAGCACCAGCAUCGUUUCCACCAGCCGACCCAGUAUUUCCAGCUGACGCUACCGCUGGCGCUAUCUUCGCUGCUGCAACCGCACCAACAACAACAACAACAUCAACAUCAUCAACAACAACUACAACAUCAUCACCAGCAAUACUCCAUGCCCCAGCGACCUCUGAGUGUGCCCAGCCAACCACUCCUCUCCCUUCAUGAUGGCCAAGUGCUGCCCACAUCGCCGUUGAACGACCACUCGAUGCAACAACGUCCCGACAUCGCCCCUCUACCUCCUCAGCAGGUGCCUUAUCAGAACAUUGCUUCGCAGCCAAUGUACCUAGGGGACUCGUCGGUGGAGUCGAGCCUGGCCACGGCCACGCCGGCGUCGACGUCAGCGUCGACGUCCAACCUGGGAAGUUCCAUGAGCUCUGUGAGUUCUGUGUGCUCGUACUCGUCCACAGAGCCUCGGCUCAGCAAGCGCAAGCACGCUUGCAAAACGUGUGGCCGUCUGUUCACUACACUGGGCCACUUGGCUCGUCAUUUCCGGACCCACACGGGAGAGAGAAAACACGUUUGUCCGUGGGCCGACUGUGGUGCCCGGUUUGCCCGCCAGGAUAAUUGCAUGCAACACUACAAGACUCAUCUCAACGGGAAGAAUCGUCGAAGCCGCUGA